AUGCGCUUCUCCCAACAAUCGCUUUCCGACAGCUCGACAGCCCUUCCAGAAACCGCACAAUCAACCCCCAGCUAUUCCAUCCCCUGCGCCGCCCAUGCUAACGAGCCUCAAUGCACCAAGUGGUCCCUCGGUUCCGAAGCGCUCCAUUCUAGUUCCACCCUCCGUCUAGUGCAGAGCUGUGCUUCCUCGCCGAGUGCUGCCAGUGCCAUGUGCUCCUGCGGAAAAGGAUUACGAUUACGCGGAAUGCCGCUCUCCACGUGGAUAUUUUUGGUUUUCGCACACGAGGCGUAUGCUAUGGGGGAGCUGGCCAAGUGCGAGAAAGUGGCGGCGGUGGGGGCCUGGAGGGACCACAACACGCUGGUGGAGACGAGCUUGAGGACUUUGGCGGGGACAUGGAUUUCCGAAGGAUGUGAAACACGACCGGGGCCAGAGUAUGUUCUUCGUUGGUACACGUUCAACCAUGAGGGGGAGUACAACUUGGUGCAGCACCAUUACUGGGACGAUUCGUGCUCUUCGCCGAAACUGACCGUGGUUUCGUAUGGCAGGAUUACGCUGAGGAAUUCGCUGGUGCAGCCGGAAGCCGCGAAUGGGUUGGCGAAGCCCACGAAUAUUACUGUCAUCCCGCAGGAUGGGGCCGCUGUUGAUGUGUUGAAUAAAUUGGUGGCUAGGGAGUGCCCCGGUCAGUACUGGAAGUCCUGGAAACGCGGCGAAGAACACCUCGUCUACGACAACCGCCAAGACCGCCGUGGCACUUUCAACCUCUGGUCGCACUCAUACCAACCCAUCACCAACCACCAACCCAUCCACAGACCCCACCUCGGCCAAACCGCAGGCGACAUCUCCUGCCUAGGUUCCCUUAAAUGGGCCUUCAACGAACUCAAACUCCUCAAAAUCCAGUUCAGACCCAUCUACGAAACCCACAAGCACCCACGCCACGUCGAAAUGGAACUUCUUCUAGGAGACAUCCACACGAACAAACGCCGUCGCGAAUUCUACUCUCCCACGAGCUUUCAAGUGCCGCUUCUGAGACACACCAAAGGAGAAAACUUCACACUACACAAGCACCAGUUCAUGGUGAUCAACUCCAACACCCUAUCAGCUAACUUCAUGACCAACGUGAAAACGCCCCCUCAUUUAAUCGAAAAGCCCCAUCUCCCGCCGUACAUUUGGGGAGAGUGGACUUCGUCGCGUUGCGAGAGCAGACCUCUUGACGUCUACCUCAUGAGGCAUUUUUCGUUCUACGAGGAUGAUUUACAGUGGGUUGGAGAGCACAAGUUCUUCUCGGAUCCGUUCUGUACUUAUCCUAAGUUUAUAGUGACUGCUGCUGGGCACUUUACCAUUGUUGGUGAUAGUCAUGCCAUGAAAGGGGUGUCAGACGUAGAUUUUCAGAUUGAGAGGGCUUCUUUGACAGCGCUUGAUCAACGUGUGAUUACUGAAAUGCGUUUGCCGGGGUUUUGCGGGAUUGGCCAGUGGAAAGUGAACGUUCCCAAGGAGCUGGCGACUACCAAGGGGUGUUUGUACUUAGGGAUAAGUAUUCCAUCUACUAGGUACGACAUUCUUAAACUUGAAAUGGACUACAAAGGGUCGUGGUUGUUGUUUUUGGGGCAAGCGGACACUAGUAAUUUUCCAAAUAGUGAAAAUGAAAGGCCUACAGCUUUUCAACUACCGUUGAUGAAGUGUGGCCAGAAAAUUACAUUUACGGAAAAUUUGAGGGAAAGGUUAGAAGGUAGAUUCUAUUUUGGGGAUGCAAGAAGAAUUCAAAGUAGUAUCUUCGUUUUGUUGCCGAUGGUGCUGUUGCUUUAUCUGGGGAGAUAAUAAUGAGACACUUUGUAUAUAGUGUUUUUUUAUACUGUAUAUUUUUUGUACAUUGUAUCAUAUGCUAAUUUAUUAUUUUUUUACAUAUCUAGAUUAGUGUAUACGUUAUAGUUAUUAUAAUUAUGGUAUUUUUCGAAAAGGGACAAUAUUACCAGUGAUAAUUAAAAUGACAUUUGGCUCUAAAGCCUGA